AUGCUGCAGCAGCAGCUGCAACCGUCGCCGCCCGUCAACCGCCAUCAGCAGCAGCAAAACCACGACCUCCAAUCGUCGCAACAGGUCGGCGUCGGAGGCAAGUUUGGAAGUAACGCCAUGCCACAGCCACCGGUGCAGUCGGCCGAGCAGCUUCAGGCGGCCGACGCGUCGGACGCGGCACUGAUCUCGCGAUUCCGCCGGUCGGGCAGCGAGCGGAUCAGGGACGGGGCCAAGGCCAUCCUGCGCAGGGUGGAAAGUCUGAAGACGAGACGUCGGAAACAGCGCAACCGCGACGGCGUAGUCAUCGGUUCACAGCAGAUCAUAGACAUGGGUUCGAUGCAACAACGGAUGAAGGAACUUAACUGCGUGGACGUGACACCGCCAGAUUUACCGGUGACCGACGAUCACACUAAGACCAAACGGUUCUUGGCCAAACCCGAGUCGCUAGACUCGCUGGCAUAUUCCGAUUCAGAACUGUCGUGGAGAAACGAGUACACGGACGCCAACAGCAACAACACCAAGCCGCUGCUGGAUUUCAUGGCCCUUGACGGGAGUAACGAAUUCUCAUCUCCCAACGGCAGUCAAGACAGCCGCACGUACAAAAACAAAUACAACGACAGCGUGGAUUCGGUUUCGAGCGCAGUGCAAGACAGCGAUCAAGAUCUAACCAUCAAAUCAAAAGGGUCAGUUGUUCGGUGGCAUAGUUUUCAAAAGACCAAAAAUCGGCCCAAUUCCUUGGCCGGACAAAUGGUCGGGUCGCUCACGGUUGGCCAGCUGUUGGUGUUGCGGAAGUUCACUCUUCUCAAGCUGACUGCCAUCAUAGAACGGUAUUGUCCGACACACCGGACCGGAUGGAACUGGGAAUUGCCCAAGUUUAUGCGCAAAACCAAAAUGCCCGAUCCCAAAGAUAAGACCGUUUUCGGAGUUCCGCUGAUCGCCAACGUGCAAAAAUACGGUUCGGCACUGUCACCGUUCGUCCAGUAUGCUUUUCGGUGGCCCGAAGACAACGCUCUCGACCACGUGGGGUUGUUCCGGAAGCCUGGCGUCAAAUCCCGAAUACAGCGCCUAAAGCAACUGGCCGAAGCCGACCUGGAGGACGUGAAGUUCGAAAACAAUCAGGCCUACGACGUGGCCGACAUGGUGAAGCAAUACUUCCGUGUGUUACCGGAGGCCAUUAGUAGUUAG